AUGGGUUGGUGGCGGAGAAUGAGGAACAAGUUCAAGAACAGGGGCUCCAAGAGGAGUGCGCGGCCGAUGAGGUUCGCGGGCCAUGGUAGCCCCUUCGACGACGUGCCGCGAGCGUCGACAGCAUCAUCGCCGCCGACACCACCCAAACAAGCACUUUUCGAAGAAGACACCAUUUCCCUUUUCCGCCCAUCCAUGAUGUCAGACCGUUCGGGCCCAAAUCCACAUUUGAUCUUCAACAGAACACACGGAUACUAG